GACAUGCAGUGCCGCUAGGAAGCCCAUGUUUCUUUAUUUUAUGGUCGAAUCUGAGUCUAGGCAACUUAAUAAACCAUCGGUACACAAAAGCUAAAGCUUGGUGUUAUUCGCUCACCGGAAGUAUUUGUUAACAACAUCCGGGGUAGUUAUUGGAAAAAAAAUUGGCGGUUUGGUGUUCUUACUGCGGCUUCGUUUUCAUGACAAUGUGUGAAACUUAGUUUAACAAAAGUGAAAUCAAACGUAACGUAUGUUUUUGUAACACGUAACUCUCCCUCGACAGUGUUUGUUGAUUUAAUAACAGUCUUAAAUGUAUUUUGACAAACUCAAAACAAGUUAGCCAACAGUGAACUUUGUGUUAGCUAGCUAGCAGCUAAAGCUAGCCAGGCUGGGUUUUUGACCAGUCGCCACCGUUACGUUAGACUCUCACACUGCUUUAUCCAACUGGGAAUAAUGGCGAACCCGGCAUUGUUGCAGAAAAAGAAUGGGAAAUAUCUCUGGUUUGCUCUUCUCGGACUCGGACUUCAACCAGACGCUGCAUUGUCGCUAAUCGGCAAAACUAACAUAAACGUUAAACACAUCAACCUGGGACCGAAUAUGUUCGACAAACCAAACAAGGAUGCCUUCUACAUAGUAACCCAUUUCCUGUUGGAGAGACUCAACCCGGCACGAUUUAACGAGACAUACAGGCACUGCUGGCCUGUUUUGAACCACAAAGCAGAUGCUGAGUUUCGCAAAGUUACCUGCGCUUGGCUGCGAGAAAUUAUGGAUGAAACUGGAAAUGCAGGAUCCAAAGUGGUAGCAUCCUUGUUCCUCUCACCCGGAGGCCCCAAGUUUAUCAGCUUGAUGUUUAAUUUGGCCAGUCACGUCAUGCUGCAGGAAAUGAAGACAUUCACUGCAGAUGACAGUUGGGUUCCUGAGGCUGCAGCAAAUCCCGCUUCCUCCCUGGCCAUGGCAGUGAAGAGACUCAACCUGAUUACUACCCGUUUUUUGAAAGCUGGAGUGAAUCAGGACCGCUUUCUUCACGAGUACCAGAGACAAGCACAGCUCCUGGUGAAGUCCAUGAGGGACAUCAGAGCAGAAGGUCCCAAGUAUGAUGAGCUACUUAAACUUCACAGCAGUGACUCUACACAGGAGGGAGAUUCUUCAGCUGAGAAGACCCAAAUGGUGCGCUCCUUGUGGUCGGAUAUUGAUAGAAUGCUGUCGACUAUCAAAGAGGAACAGCAUGCAGUGGAAAGUGUUUUGAAGGGGGAAGUGGAUCAGUAUGUCCUGGACGGUACAGAUCGAACCCUCAACAUUCCUCGCAGUCUGCUGGAGAGAAUUGAACAGCUCCCACAUCAGUUGAGUUCAGGGAAUGUGUAUGAGGCUGGCCAGUUGAACGUCCUGUGUGUGUUGGAGCUGACAAAGCACACGCUGCAGCUCCUGAGGGAGGAGCGAUGUCGGGUCUCUCAUGCCUCCAAGCCUCAGCUCAGUCCUCAGCACCUGCAGGAAAAAUGUCAGCAGAUGGCCCGUGCACUGCAGAACCUCCAACUACUCAGACAGAGGAUUUCCAAGGAAGAAAUUCCUGAGGUCAGGAGUACCAUCAGAGAGUUGGAAGCUGCAUGGGACAGGAAGUGGAUGGAUACCCUGAAAGACACACCCCUAUUAUCAUUUCUGAAUGAAGAUCCUGCUCUUGGCUUCCUGUCACCAAUGGCUCCACUGUCUUUUGAACCGGCAGCUGACGCUAGUUACAGGAGUAGUGUCUUCUCUCAGUAUCCUGCAAAGCUUCUCGAGGAGAAGCCUGCGGAGAGUAAAUCACAGAAAGGUGCCCCCCCUAGUUCUUCUAAACCGAAGAGCUCUAGCCCUGCAACGGCUGAAAGGACUGAAAGUCCUGUUAACACUCAAGUGUCAUCAAAAGCAAAUACCUCUCUGGACUGGCUUUUUGACACCCCAUCCCCUCCUCUGAGGGCUCCAUCAGUACCACCACCUCAGGCUAGUGUGAGGAAGACGGCCCAUGUUGAUCAGAAGGUGACUCCCAUGAGGAACGAGACUCGGAUAUUAGACAUGGAAUGUGAUAACCUCGCUGAUCAGUUUGCAGAUGCUGUAACUACAACCAGUCCUCCAGAAGGCAGGGCCAAGGUUAUGGACUUGGAUGGCCUUCUCGGCACUCUUCAUAGAGGUCCCUUCUCUGCUAGAAAGCAGCUGCCACGUACACCUGAGAGCUUGAUUCUGGAUGUGAAGAGCUCCUGGCGCAAGGCAGUUGAGGAAGACGAAGCUGAGAAAAUGGGGCAGUUGGCCAAGUUUAACAACGGUAUAGCAGGGCGGCUCACUCCCCUCGAUGAGCACAACGUGUUGCUGAGCCCCGAUGCUUCCUCCCAGAGUGACUCUUGCCGUAUCACCCCUCCUUUGACAAGCCACAGCAGCCCCCCUGUCAGCCAGCAUGGAGUCUCCCUUAAAUCCGCUCUGUUCUGGGACACCUUUAAUGCCGAGGCUCUCGACAGCCCUAGUGGCACUGGCAGCAGUGCGGUCCAGUUCAGCCUCGAUCAUGAAACACUCCCUGAAAUGUCGAGCUGUGACAGUCUGCUGAGCCUCGACGAUGAAGCGGUGGAUUUGAAGAGUGAGGAGGAUGAUAAGCUCCUAAUCCCCUCUCUGGAGACUGAGGUGAUGCAAUCAGCACUAACCCCACGUCAUUAUCUGGGUCAGAUCCAGCAGGCGUGCGAUGACUGCUCCUUCAUGGAAGGCAGGAAGAGGACACCUGAGUGUCUUCUGUCGGGACACACAGUCUCUGGUUUGGACAAAGACUGGCUAAUGGAGCCUGCAAAAUUAGUGGAAGCUACAGACAAGGUCUUCUCUCUGGACCUAGACGCACUGGAGACUCCUUCACCCCCAAAGAAGCAGGAGUACAGCCUCCCAAAACUGAUCACAUUCUCCCCGAUAGAUGACAUGAAGUGUUAACUACAUUCAUAUCAAGACCACUUUUUAUCCUUGACUGUCAAAACUCUCCCUAAUUUUAAUAGACCUCUAACAAAUUUGCACAUAACCUACUUUUGUAACUUUCUUUUCUGUGCAUUUAAAAUGGUAAGACAUGAACUGCUUAAUAAAAUUGUAAGAUAUUGCUCAUUUACGUGUGUGUGUAUAUAAAUGUUAUACCUGUAUAGGAGAGCAACUUGGCACCUUAAUUUCCAGGCUCUGGUUGGGUAACAGUGUUUGUAUCAAUGACGAGCUUUUCUGCCUCCAACAUCUGCAUUGCACUAUCAGCAUGGUUUCUAACCACACAAUGUCUUGAACGAGAUGUAAAUGUCUUUGUAGGUAUGUGACCACCAAUGUGAAAGGGACCAUGGUCUGUCAGGUUGAAUAAAGUUGUAGAUUUUC